AUGGAUUGUUACCAACAAAUGACUCUUGUCAACGGGCGACGAUUAGUGUUGGUAGUGAUAUUGACGAUCCUCGUUUGCUUACCAGCGACCGGGGACAUCCUUGCCAAGUACAGGCCCUGUAACAGUGGAAACAACAGUGGAAUCUGCAUCGAGCAGGAAAAGUGUAAAGAUGGGAAAAUUGCAACCGACGGUGCAUCCCAGAUCGGAAUUAGAAUUGGUUCCGGUGAUUGUGACAAGUUCGGUGAGGUUUGCUGCAGUCUUUCGACUUACGAACCCGAUAGUGACGAGGAAACGGAUGACCCGGACUGGAGCCGUCAGUGUGGCCAGAAUACCAACGUUUCUGAACGGACCGACCGGGAGAACGAAACGAACCGGUACGAGUUCCCGUGGAGUGUGGCCCUGUUUGGCGAAAUAGAGCAUGGUGGCAGGCGUAUCAAAGAGUUCCUUUGCGGUGGCAUUUUGAUAGACGAUUACACUGUGGUAACGGCGGCCCGAUGCGUUUACCAGAAGGAUCGAACAGUUCUAAGGGUCGAGCUGGGCAGAUGGGAUUUGAACGAUGAAUUUGAGUCCCCCUCGCAGGACGUGGCCGUGGAACAUCUGUUUGUUCACCUGGAGUAUGUGCCAUCCAGCCAAGUCAACAAUAUAGCGCUGCUCAUGCUAAAAGUGGGAGCAAACCUUGGACGAGCGGCAAAUCGCGUAUGUCUCACCGUACCACGGCAUGAUCCGCCGUACCGUACCAUGCAAAUUGAGGACUAUUCCCAGUGCUACGUGGUAGGCUGGAGUAAUACGCCGGCGGACAACACACAUAACAGGCAGCUGAAGCUAAGCUCGUCGUUUGCUUCCGCGCAGGAAUGCGCGGAGUCCGUGCGGCGUGCGUCCCGUGCCUUCGGAUUUCAGUUGCCCAAAGAAAAUAUCUGCCUAUCGUACCUAGACCUUGAAGUACCCUGUGAACGAGCGCCUGGAUCGGGGCUGGUUUGUAAGUCUAGUCUCGGCGAAGGGAAUCAAUACUUUUUGGCGGGCAUCGCAUCGUAUUCCAUACGAAACUGUAACCAAUACCAGGUGCACGACGUAUUUUUGAAAAUACUCGACUACAUUGAGUGGAUCGAUUGGCACGUAGUGAACCAAAGCCGUCACCCGAGUUUCUAUCAACCCAAUCCAAGCGUCGAAUACACGUAA